AUGCCCUCCAUCCCUAGCGGUCCUGGAAAGACUGCUCCUAAACUCGUACAAGACUUCCUGCUAUUUGACCCUCUGCGUACUGCGCAGGGCCAAAACUACCUCACAGACUUCAGCCCGACCGUUGGCGACGGCCCACAACUCGCUCCGGUGAUAGGCAGCUGCAAACAUGAGUACAGGACAAAGCAUGAGCAGAGCGUCCUGCCGCCGCUGGAUUUGCGUCCAGAUGGUGGCAGUGAGUAUAAAUGUGCGGUGAUAUGCAAGAAAUGCAGAAUUCACGCAGAUGUGCACAUCCACUUUGCAUCGGCCUCGAACCCAUGUCCCAAUCACGAUUACCCGCUCCAUCACUUCCAGCGAGUACAUGCCGAAGACUACCAAUCGACGAAUAGGCUCUCGUACGUAUGGCAGUGUAGCGGCCCAGCAUGCGGUGCCCAGCUCAGGAUUACCUUCCGAAUGCCGCGAAUCUCGCCGCAGCAGAAAGUUAUGCUCACGGACACGGAGCUCUUGAAGAGGAGGUAUGAAGCGGUCAUGAAGGAAGACACAAAUCGAGACAACGUACGAAGAGCAACACCUGUCGAGUCGUUGACAAGACUGCGGAAGUACAUUAAGGAUUCGCUCGACCCGAAACACACAAGGCGCACAUUUUCUGCAUACAACAAGCGAUUCAUGGAAGCGUUUGGUGUUUAUGGGCGAGACUGCGCGGAUAUCUUGAACGAGCUAGGCUUCAGACACGGGGUAAGAGGUUACAAGAGAGGACAGCGAACCAGGGAAAGGCACUGAUUGCAAUUGCAGGUUGAUGAUGAAGGAUCGGAGAUCUGGACGCUGCCUCAGCCGGGCGUCUUAGACGAUCGGUUACGUGCAGACGGCACACAUCUGCGAGAACUCUUGGAAGACGUGGAAUUGGAGUUGGAAGUAUUGAUGGCGAAGCUCGCCCAUGAGACAGGUGCUGUCAAUCCCGCUGCUGCAGAGGGCGGCUGGACGUCAGCGGAUAAAGACAUCGAGCGGACGCUUGCAGUACAAGGAUGUGAGUUGACCGCGAUUGCUGUUUCUGUUUGCGCGCACUUACCCAAUGUAUUAGAUGCACGUCAUUCCUCGCUGAGACGCGUUGGGGCUUCAAACGAAGAACUUCCGUGCGUAUUCCAGACACCACCACAGUCUUCCAACAUCCGACUAAUACAUCACAACAGAUACUUCUCAGCACUGGGUGCUCUGCCAGAUUUUGCCGACUCGCUAUUGGUAUUCUCUUUCGACCGACAGGUGCUCUGCGAUCCGGAGAAGCGAGCAUAUUACUUCGAGUGUUUGCAAACGAUCACGGACGGUCGCAACACGGAGCAGCUGCAGAUGAAAGUUGCCACUCUGAAUUCCCAGGGAGAAAUCAGUCGCAGAGAUCUAUCGGCAGCCUUCAGGACACUCAACAUCCCCGUAUCGGAACAUCAGGCGAGCGACGAGCGCAUUUUGAACCUCUUUCACGUUCGCAUCUUGGAUCUAGGAAGUCAAGCGGAGGCAGAGGCGCGGCAGGCAUUAUAUAAGAUUGGAGUGGCCCGUAACAGCCAGCAAUUGAUCGGCACAGCGCAACGAGCCAUGGAGACUUACGAAGAAGCACUUGGGUGGCUUGGAAAUGGAGCCGAGAAAACCACAGACGACGAGUUUUUGAUUUCGAUUGCCAGUAUCAAGGUGUGUUUUGUCAUUGAACUACGAGGGAGAUUCAUACGAAAACUAAUCCCGUGCGUAGAAAAACGAAGGCAAAGAGAACGAAGAACUCACGAUGAAGGCAAUCUCUAUCAUCGCCCGAGAGCGCAAAAGCGACAUGCUCAACAACUGGGUCGUUUCGGGAGAGGUUGGCGAAUACCAAAUGUCAGUGGAUGAGGCUCUGCGGCACCUUGGCAUCGAUGGAAAAUUUGAAGAGUGCGACCCAGAGAUUCUCCCACUCCUUUUCGAUACUGCAAGAUCUGACAAGCCUGGAGAAAACACCGAGAAAGCCAUCGCCACCCUCCAGCAGGCCAUGGCAGGCGGCCCUCCGAAACCAUCUCACUCGCUCGAUACCUGGCCUGUGGGACUUAUCAGCCAUGGCAACACAUGCUAUCUCAAUUCUUUACUGCAGUACUACUUCAGCAUGGCGCCAUUCCGAGAGCACAUUCUCAACUACGACGAACACAAGUAUGACAUCGCCAAAUAUGGAGAGAAGAAGCAGCGUGUAGGAUAUGUCUUCGUCGACACUGUCCAGAUCAAAGGCAGCCAUGUAUUCGCAGAAGACCUGAAGCACUUGUUCGAGCGAAUGAUCAAGGAACCGUCGAUCUCAGUCAAGCCAGAACAAGAUCUUGUGUGCCGAGCUUUCCUCGAGCUCAAAGACUAUGCGCUUCUGACGGCCGAUCAGGAUGAGGAAGAGGGUGACGGCGCUUCCCAUCGCGAUGUUGAGGCUGCUGUUGAGCAGAAGAUACCAGACGGUCCCGCCGUUCCUGCGCCUGCAGACGAACAGUCUCGACACCAGUCCGACGCGAGCAGUACUACACUACAGGCCUCUGUUAAUGGUGAAGAUACCGACGUUUCAAUGCAGAGCAACGAACAACGACCUCCGACUCCUCCUGCUAGUCCUGGGACAGAAGCCGCCGAUAAGAAGCAGCAACCAGCGGCUGCACCACCCCUGCCUCCAAGAAAGCGGAAGCAAUCGAGCGCCCGAGAGAAAGCUCUUGCUUUGGCACAGGAAAAAGCACGUCAACAACAAGAUGUGACUGAAGUGCACGACGCGAUCAUGGACCGCCUCCGAUUCGGACUGAUGCCGCUGGGAGAAGAGGAGGGUGGCGAGCAAGAGGACGCACUUCGGAACCUCUUCAGGAUUACAAUCUCCGAGACACGAGUUAAGGGAGAGCUUGACGAGAAGCCGCGAAAUCAGUUUACUACAGCCAUUCAAGUGGAUGUACCAUCGGAGCCAAUGGACAUUUAUUCUGCGCUCGACAGCUUUUUCGACCUGCAGACGUUCGAAAUCGACCCAAAGACUGGGCCAAGAACUGCUUUCAAGAGCAUAGUGUCUCCGCCACCCGUCCUACAGAUCAGCAUACCGCGGAUUGGCUUUGAUAGCGUCAAGGGUGAAUCACACAAGAUAGAGCAGAGCGUCAAGCUGGAAGACGAGCUUUACCUGGACCGUUACAUUGACAACAGUGGAGUGGACAUCCUUCCUAAGCGCAAAGCUUGCUUUGGAUGGCGCAAGCAGCUUCGGACGCUGAAGAAAGAACAGAAAGCCCUUUCCCAGUCUGAAAUGGAGCUAGACGGACCAGCCGCCGUCACUGAGACUGCAAACUACAUCAACAACCUCAAUGGCAUCGAUAGUGAGCUGGAAGAGGUGGGACUGGACGGCUUAGAAGUCGACUCUGAGUUGCCAGGUAUCCUGCAACAGGAUGCCGCUCAACAAGCCGAGCGCCUCGCUGUCUUGGAGAGGGAAAUCGCUCAGCUGGAGACGCAACUUCAGAACCAGUUCACUGAUGCCAAACGAGUCAAAUAUCGACUCGCCUCGGUCUUCUUCCAUCGCGGUACUGUAGGUCAUGGGCAUUACUGGGUUUACAUCCAUGACUUUGAGAAUGUGAGCAUAUAUCUCAGUGCCCUACUCUUGAAUUGUACUAAUCUCUUCGCAGGACAUGUGGCGCAAGUAUAAUGACGACCAAGUCGAGCAAUUCACCGAUAUCAAAGAGAUCCUGGAAGCGCACACAUGGGCCCAUGGUACGCCCAUGUAUGCUGUCUAUGUUCAAGACGACAAGAAGACGGAGAUCAUCAAGCCCGUCUGCCGUGCUCCGGAACAGCUGCCCACGCCGGCGUAUAGCUCCAAUGAACAGGGGAGUAAUGGAUGGGUAGAUGAUGUGGGCAACGAUGUGGACAUGAAGGAUGCGAACGAGAGCGACAUCGCGAAUCCACGUACGACGAUGAAGCAGAGCAGUGGAGUACCUGAAUCCACUGCGGGAUGGGACACGCCGCGCCAUGUUCCUCCGACGGCAUGGUAG